UUUUUAUCAUUAAUGCUCUUUUUUUUGAAAAUGACUAGCCACCUUUGAUUGCUUAAUAGGACUUAUAAUGGCAAAUACCGUAAAUAACAAUCAGCAUAUGACUUAAAACACCGACCAAAAUCGAAAAAGGUAUAAUUUAGUCUAAAAUCAUACGGUAAUGUCGGUUUUAGAGUCCGAAAAUCCCACUGUUUGUGGCCACCACGAAUGUCCAACUAGACCUUCUUCGUCACCCCGUACCUUUGGACCCCAGCUGACCAGUAACAAAAAUUAAAGAAUUUUAAAGAGAGGAAAAAAAAAAAACUUUUAAACCUUCUGCUUUUGUAUAUAAACCAUCUCACCAUUUCUUUUGCUUCCAUUUUUUUUUUCGUUUUGGUGUGAGAAAAAAAAGAUCGGAAAAGAGAGCAAAAAUCGUGAGAGAAAAGUUUUGUUUUCUUCUUGUUAUCUUCUUCUUCUGAAUUCAACCGCCAUCUCUUUUUUUUUUUUGUUUCUUCAAGAGUUUUCUCGUUAAAACUCUUGAGCUACUGGUCCAUUUUUUGGUCCGAUCUGACUCGCCAAGUCCGCCUUUCCUCCACUCGGUCGUGUCUCGGAUGAGUUGAUAGAAGAAAGAUCGCUGCAUAUAAUCGUCAUGGCUGCUCCAGUUAACAUUAUUGUAGGUUCUCAUGUAUGGGUUGAAGAUCCGGUACUUGCAUGGAUUGAUGGAGAAGUUUUUAAAAUCAGUGGUGAAGAAGUACAUGUCCACACAACAAAUGGAAAAACUGCUGUGACAAAUAUCUCUAAGGUUUUUCCAAAAGAUACUGAAGCACCUCCUGGAGGUGUUGAUGACAUGACAAAGCUCUCAUAUUUGCAUGAACCUGGAGUUCUGCAUAACUUGGCUAUGAGAUAUGAACUUAAUGAAAUCUAUACAUACACAGGAAAUAUCCUGAUUGCCAUAAAUCCAUUCCAAAGGUUACCGCACCUGUAUGAUACUCACAUGAUGGAACAAUAUAAAGGGGCUGGAUUUGGAGAGCUGAGUCCUCAUGUUUUUGCCGUUGCAGAUGUUGCAUAUAGGGCAAUGAUGAAUGAGGGAAAAAGCAACUCAAUUCUCGUUAGUGGAGAAAGUGGUGCUGGUAAGACUGAGACGACAAAGAUGCUUAUGCGAUACCUUGCAUACCUUGGUGGUCGAUCUGGAGUUGAAGGUCGGACAGUUGAACAACAAGUUCUAGAAUCAAAUCCUGUGCUUGAAGCUUUUGGAAAUGCAAAAACUGUUAGGAACAACAAUUCAAGUCGUUUUGGUAAAUUUGUUGAGAUCCAAUUUGACAAGAACGGGAGGAUAUCUGGGGCGGCUGUUCGUACAUAUUUGCUGGAAAGGUCUCGAGUUUGCCAAAUUUCAAAUCCUGAAAGAAAUUACCACUGCUUUUACCUUCUUUGUGCAGCUCCGCCAGAGGUUAGAGAAAAGUUUAAGCUGAUUGACCCUAAAUCUUUCCAUUACCUUAAUCAAUCAAGCUGUUAUGCAUUGGAUGGGGUAGAUGAUGCUCAGGAGUACCUUGCAACUAUAAGGGCCAUGGAUAUAGUUGGAAUCAGCGAGGAAGAACAGGAGGCAAUUUUUGGGGUUGUGGCUGCCAUUUUGCAUCUUGGGAAUAUUGAAUUUGCAAAAGGAGCUGAGGCUGACUCUUCUGUUAUCAAGGAUGAGAAAUCUAGGUUCCAUCUUAAUGUGACAGCUGAACUGCUUAAGUGUGAUGUCAAGAGCUUGGAAGAUGCACUAAUAAAGCGUGUAAUGGUUACCCCAGAGGAAAUUAUCACAAGAACUCUGGAUCCUGUUGCUGCAGUUGGUAGCAGGGAUGCGUUAGCUAAAACCAUCUAUUCUCGCUUGUUUGAUUGGCUUGUGGACAAGAUAAACUUUUCAAUUGGACAAGAUCCAAACUCAAAGCAAUUGAUUGGAGUCCUUGAUAUUUAUGGAUUUGAGAGCUUUAAGUUUAAUAGUUUUGAGCAGUUUUGCAUCAACUUUACAAAUGAAAAACUGCAGCAGCAUUUCAAUCAGCAUGUUUUUAAAAUGGAACAGGAGGAAUACACAAAAGAAGAAAUCAAUUGGAGCUACAUAGAAUUUGUUGAUAACCAGGAUGUGUUGGAUUUGAUAGAGAAGAAACCUGGAGGAAUUAUUGCACUUCUCGAUGAAGCUUGUAUGUUUCCUAAAUCCACACAUGAAACCUUUGCUCAGAAGUUGUUCCAGACAUUCAAAAACUACAAGCGCUUUAUCAAACCAAAGUUAUCUCGUACUAGUUUUACUAUUUCUCACUAUGCUGGAGAGGUAACUUAUCUGGCUGAUUUGUUCCUUGACAAGAACAAAGAUUAUGUAGUGGCUGAACAUCAGGAUCUGUUGACAGCCUCAAAGUGCUCCUUUGUGUCUGGUCUGUUUCCUCCUCCUGCUGAGGAAUCUUCAAAAUCAUCCAAAUUUUCAUCCAUUGGAUCACGCUUUAAGCUACAACUUCAAUCUUUGAUGGAGACAUUGAAUUCAACAGAACCUCACUAUAUCAGAUGUGUGAAGCCAAACAAUGCCCUCAAGCCUGCAAUUUUUGAGAAUGCCAAUAUAAUUCAGCAAUUACGAUGUGGUGGUGUUCUUGAGGCAAUCAGGAUCAGCUGUGCUGGAUAUCCAACAAGAAGAACAUUUUAUGAGUUUCUUCACCGUUUUGGUGUUCUUGCUCCAGAAAUUUUGGAGGGAAAUCAUGAUGACAAGGUUGCAUGUGAAAUGAUCUUGGAUAAGAUGGGAUUGAAAGGUUAUCAGAUAGGUAAGACCAAAGUUUUCCUCAGAGCUGGUCAGAUGGCUGAAUUAGAUGCCAGAAGGGCAGAAGUGCUUGGACAUGCAGCCAGAACCAUUCAAAGGCAAAUUCAGACAUAUAUUGCACGGAAGGAGUUUGUUGCACUACGUAAAGCUGCAAUCAUGUUGCAAUCUCAUUGGCGAGGCAUAUUAGCCUGCAAACUGUAUGAGCAGUUGAGAAGGGAAGCAGCUGCCUUGAAGAUUGAAAAGAACUUUAGACGGUACAUUGCCAGGGAAUCCUAUUUAACUGUAAGGUUGUCUGCAAUCACAUUGCAGACUGGCUUAAGGGCAAUGACUGCUCGGAAUGAAUUCAGAUUCAGAAAGCAAACUAAAGCCGCAAUCAUCAUUCAGGCUACUUUGCGUUGCCAUGUUGCAUACUCUUAUUAUAAGAGUCUCCAAAAAGCUGCAAUAACUACUCAAUGUGGUUGGAGGAGAAGGGUUGCUAGGAGAGAGCUCAGAAAGCUGAAGAUGGCUGCCCGAGAAACAGGGGCUCUAAAAGAAGCAAAAGACAAACUGGAAAAGCGCGUGGAAGAACUUACAUGGCGUUUGCAGCUUGAGAAACGUUUGAGGACUGAUUUAGAAGAGGAGAAAGCACAAGAAAUUGCCAAGUUACAGGAUGCUUUGCAUGCAAUGCAAAUACAAGUGGAGGAAGCAAAUGCUAAAGUCAUAAAAGAGCAAGAGGCUGCUAGGAAAGCUAUUGAGGAAACUCCUCCAAUUAUUAAGGAGACUCCUGUUAUAGUUCAGGACACAGAAAAGGUUAAUUCCUUGGCUGCUGAGGUAGAGAGUUUGAAGGCUUCAUUGCUAUCAGAAAGAAAAGUAGCAGAGGAGGCACGUACUGCUUGUACAGAUGUUGAGGCCAGAAAUGCAGAGCUGCUAAGGAAACUUGAAGAUUCAGAGCGAAAAGUUGAUCAACUUCAGGAGUCUGUGCAGAGGUUGGAAGAGAAGCUUACCAAUUCAGAAUCCGAGAUUCAAGUACUUCGUCAGCAGUCACUGGUAAUAUCACCAACUGGGAAAUCUUUGACUGCAAGACAAAGAACAAUGAUUGUUCCGAGGACACCAGAGAAUGGAAAUGUUAUAAACGGAGAAACAAAGGUUCCAUCGGACGCAACUCUUGCCAUAUCAAAUUCACGUGAACCUGAAUCUGAGGAAAAACCUCAGAAAUUCCUCAAUGAAAAGCAGCAGGAGAACCAGGACCUACUGAUUAAGUGUAUAUCACAAAAUUUGGGAUUCUCUGGGAGCAAACCAGUUGCUGCUUGUAUCAUAUAUAAAUGUCUUCUGCACUGGAGGUCAUUUGAAGUUGAAAGAACAACUGUUUUUGACCGCAUCAUUCAAACAAUAGCUUCUGCCAUAGAGGUCCAGGACAAUAAUGAUGUCUUAGCCUAUUGGUUAUCCAACUCAUCAACAUUAUUGUUGUUGCUCCAACACACACUUAAAGCAAGUGGAGCUGCAAGUUUGACACCACAAAGGCGAAGAGCAGCGUCAGCUUCACUCUUUGGGAGGAUGUCUCAAGGACUACGGGCAUCUCCCCAAAGUGCUGGGCUUUCAUUUCUUAAUGGUCGUGGGCUUAGUAGACUAGAUGACUUACGACAAGUUGAGGCCAAGUACCCUGCAUUACUGUUUAAGCAACAGCUUACUGCCUUCCUUGAGAAGAUAUAUGGAAUGAUAAGAGAUAAUCUAAAGAAAGAGAUCUCUCCACUGCUUGGAUUGUGUAUUCAGGCUCCUAGGACAUCGCGGGCAAGUUUGGUGAAGGGACGUUCUCAAGCAAAUGCUGUUGCUCAGCAAGCUUUAAUUGCUCAUUGGCAAAGCAUUGUGAAAAGCUUGAACCGUUUUUUGACAAUUAUGAAAGCAAACCAUGUACCUCCCUUCUUAGUGUAUAAAGUAUUCUCUCAGAUAUUCUCAUUCAUCAAUGUUCAGCUAUUCAACAGUCUUCUUUUGCGACGUGAGUGUUGCUCAUUCAGUAAUGGGGAGUAUGUGAAAGCUGGUCUGUCUGAAUUAGAACAGUGGUGCUAUGAGGCAACUGAGGAAUAUGCAGGUUCAGCAUGGGAUGAACUGAAGCACAUAAGACAGGCUGUAGGAUUCCUGGUUAUUCAUCAGAAACCCAAAAAGACCUUGAAUGAAAUAACUAAAGAACUUUGCCCGGUACUCAGCAUACAACAGUUAUACAGAAUCAGCACAAUGUACUGGGAUGACAAAUAUGGCACACAUAGUGUGUCAUCGGAUGUCAUUUCAAACAUGAGGGUUAUGAUGACUGAGGAUUCCAACAAUGCUGUUAGUAGUUCUUUUCUAUUAGACGAUGACUCAAGCAUCCCAUUUACGGUGGAUGACAUCUCCAAGUCCCUGCAACAAGUAGACAUAGCUGAUGUUGAUCCUCCAUCAUUAAUUCGAGAAAAUUCUGGUUUUGGGUUCUUACUUCCACGUCCAGAGUGAUAAUGUGGUUGCAGUCUCACAUACUCAUCAAUACUAUGCAAUCACUGUACUAGUCCUGUGCAUAUAAUUACAUCAUCUCUCAUCUCCACGUGUAUACAACUCUUUUUCUUUUCCUAUUUUUCAUAUCCUCCAGGCUGGUGGUUUUUGAUGUCUGGGGUCACAUAUGAUUCUUUUCCGCAUGUUCCAUAAACAUGGGGUAUUUCUCAAGAAGCCAUAUCACCAUUGGUUGUGAUAAUGUGCAUGCAAUAUAGGAAUAGGUUGCUCUUCUGCCCUCAACGGGUGUUUUGGUCUUUUCCAUUUUUAAAAUAUUUUUUAAUAUCUUUUGGGGCAAGGGGCUCCUUUUGCAUUGUUCUUGUUAGGGUUUGUGGGUUUUCUUGGGUGAUUUUUGAGUGUAAUUGCAUUUUAUAGGUCAUGAUUUGUUGUUUGAGUUCAUGGUGUAAAUCCCAUCUUCCUUUUGUGAAAAAAUAGUGGUAUAUUCCCUUUCUUGACUUGCUUAAAUUUUGUUUUAUCCACUCUCUGAUUCCCAAAUCAAUUCAGAUAUAAUACUGACAGCCCUAUCUAAUGAAUUUUGUGGGUAUUUUCGGAAGAAAAUAAUCCGAUGAUACUUGUUAAUUGUUUGUUAUUUCUGGUUGUAAAUUUUUUUUUAACCUUUUGAUUUAUUAAGUGUUUGUUAAAAUUAUUUAUUUAUAGUGAUUUUUUUUUCGUAAAUGUAGGCAUUUUAAGUGUCUGAUGAAAUUAGAACACUAGUUAAAGUCUGAACUUGAUUCAUAUACUAUCAUAAUAAUGUUGUUUUGAUGCCUGGAUUCUAAUUUAAUGAAUCUAAUUUUUUUUACUUUUAUAAAAAGUUUGUUUAAAGA